AUGACAAGACCCACUGACGAUGCCGGUGAAACAUCUGAGAAUGUACCACGUCCACGAUCCUACUCUGGAGGUUAUCAUGAAUACAAUGGACUCCGGAUUAGGAGUCUUCGAAUUGCUCGCAACGACUGGAGUAUCCGUUUGGCCACGAUAUCCAAGCAAAAUGCUAAUUUACUCUCUGAAUUGCACCGACAGAGGGCUACCAAACAGUUGAAUCUCCUUCCACUUGGAACUACGAACAGUAGAAAUUUAGUUUACCAGGCGUUCGUCCGAGGUGUCGUCCUUUCCAGUCGACAACGCUCAUUCCUUGAGCAUCGUGCUGGAAUUGUCGAUCUAACUGGGACUAAGUGGCAUUUCCAAGAGCAAUACCUACUCUAA